AUGGAAAACGAUUGGAUGCAGUCCAUUUCGGACGUUGAGAUUGAAUCGCACUAUGGUCGAAUGCCUAGAUUCGACAGAACGCCAAUCGAGCACGACAACUCGUACGCUGCCAGCCCAAGCGCUUCCCAAACCACACAAAACUCAUCCAUGCCUGGAAGCAUGUACAACGCCGCCCAAGCUUCUAACAUGGGGUCUUCCCCGAGCUACAAUGGUUCAGCCUGGCAAACUGAAUCGAAUCGGUUGGACUUUGGCGGCGUCUCCAGCGCAACUAUGAGCGCAGUUUGGUCUCAAAACAGCUAUCCGACGUAUAUACCCGAUACAAGCAUAUCUCUUCCAUGUACACCAGCCCCAGUUGGCCUUUAUCAGACUCCAGGUCUAGGCCCGAGCAGCCAGAUGCCCCAUCUAAACACGCCUCCCGCCAGUGCAGUCUCUUUCUCGAAGCUGACCAGCGAAGACAGCACAGAAAAAUCUCAACUAAAAGUCGACACAGGCGCACACGGUUACUUCAAGGAAAAUGGCUCCGUGAUCAUGAACAAAUGGUUCAGCAACACCACGAGCCAGAUUGCCCCUCCACAGUUGAUAUACAACGUGCCACCUCCCGCGUCCCUGUCGUCGCAGGACUCUUUCAACGAUGCUUCAUCUAUUGCAUCUGGAAAUAGACUAAGCGCGACUCCAAGCCGCCUUCACCCUGCCCGAUCGGACUUUUCGAACCAGCUGUCUUUCACCAGUUCUGGGGACUUUUCCUCGCAAUCCCCUCAAACUGGCUAUUCUACCAGAAGAAGACUUCCUUAUAAUGCAUCACCCUCGCCAACUAUCGUGAAGAAUUCAGAUAUUCAAGAUGGCGGCAGCCACGACUCACCUAGUGGUGCCACCUCCGUCGCUCUCAGCGUCUACGAGAGUGACAGCAGCUACGGCGCCAGCGGCGCCCAAUCAAUCCAGCCUAGCAGACUCCCGUCCCCAGUCCUCUCGGAACAUCACAAAAAUGCCCAGAAUGAAUUUUUAGUCAAGGCACGUGCCGAGGGAAUGUCAUACAGAGAUAUCAAAGUCAAAGGUGGCUUCACGGAGGCGGAGUCUACGCUGCGCGGUCGCCACCGAAUGCUGACCAAGGACAAAGAGGACCGUGUGCGCAAACCGGAAUGGACCGAAAAAGAUAUUGAACUGUUGAAAAAGGGCGUCAGAGCUCAUACCCGUCCCAACAUGCGUACUGGCAAGACAUCUUGGAAGAGAGUGGCAGAGUACAUUGCAGAUCACGGGGGGUCCUAUUCGUUUGGUUAUGCAACGUGCCAUAACAAAUGGAAAGAGCUCCCAGCCGGCCGACGUCGAUGA